AUGCCUGAUUUGAACUUCAAUUACUUGCAAGACCGUGUCAAGGAUGUUGAUCCAGAUAUUAGAUUCAUGGCUUUGGAAGAUCUUCGUAAAUAUCUCAAUGAUGAAACAGUCACGUCCUCAAAGUCGUCCAUCAGUUAUCAUUUGGACAAAUUGAUUCCCACACUUUUAACAAUGUUGGAUGACCCCAACCCCGAUGUACAAAACCAAGUGAUAAAAUCAUUCGAGCCAAUGGUGCGGUACUUGAGCAACGACUCGAUCUUGCUGCUCGUCAAAGAGCUAUUUGCAUUAGUGCAAGCGAGCAACGAUCCAAAUAAUACGAGUAACGGAUCAUCGUCGAGCAAAACACGAAAUUUUAGAAGCUUCACAAUAUCAAUCCCAAAUAUGGCAUUAAGGUCGUUGUUUGCGCAAUCGAAUUCGAGAGAUAAAUCCGAUUUUGUUUCCGAUAAGUUAUCGAAAUCGAACUAUAAAUUCGAUAGGGAUUUGGCUAAAAAAAUAUUCAGCUACAUCUUGCCAAAAGUGUUUCAGAAUGAAAUUGCUUUUGACAAUAUUGAGUUAUUGAUUGAUUUGAUUUCGGAAAUCGGGUAUGCUCUCUCUCCGAAACAGAAUCUUGAGUUGGCUCAGUAUUUCAUCCAAGUAAGCUUUACUGAACAAGGUAUUAUUGGUAAAAAGGCAAUAGUAGGAGCCGAACACGUUAUUGCAUUGAUUGAUCAGGAACAUCAGAUAUCCACUUUGGUGGAUUCUGUAUCCCAACAGUUUCAAGCAUCGAGUUUACCAAACAAGAGUUACAUAAUGUAUCAAUUAUUAUCUGUCGUCAUAAGAAGACGUAUAAAACCAUCUCAGGUUGCUGAUAUUUUUGAUGCAGUUACAAAAGAGCUUUACUUGGAUCUUCACAUAGGCAAGACACGCGAAACACAUAAAGACGACGACGACGAAGAAGACGAAGAAGACGAAGAAGAACUUGAUCUAGACAUUUUAGAGAAACAGAAUGCAUUGAAAGAAGAGGCAUUCACCACUCUUAUUGAUCUCGUUGAUGCAGCAUUUCUUCCGAUUGACAAUAAGAAUACCGUUCUUGAUGUAAUACAAACGUUUUUACAAUAUGAUCCGUUGAAUCAAAGCGAUGAUGAAGGGUUUGACAUUGGGAGUGAAGAACAGGAUGAAGAAGACGGCGACGAUAUCGAUUUUAGCGAAGAUGAGCUAGAGGCCGUGGGCGAAGAGGAGAACGAUGGGUCGUGGAAAUUGAGGUUGCAAGCUUCUAUUUUAUCACGCGUGCUUAUCAAGUCAUAUCCAGAUACUUUGGAUACCGUUCUAGACAAAAUUUUACCAAUCUUGCCAAUUAAGGAUUCAAACGACCAGGUUGUCCUGGAAGCAGUUAGAUCAUGCAUUGCAAUCAUUCAUGCAACUUCUCCACGCGAUGCACAACCAGUACAAUCACUCUUUGAACCUAUUAUAGAGAGAUUAAACUCAUGCAAGGAGGAACUAAUUCCGGUAUUUCUCAAGCUUGUGGAAAGUUUAAAUAGGUUUGAUAAUACCGUUUUGAUUGAAGCAUCUUUCAAAGCUUUGGAAAAAAGGAAUAUUAAUUCACUGAGCUCUUUAGAGUAUCUACAAUUUUUCACUAGUGUGUUGAAAUUCCACGAUGACUUGAGUAAUUUGGUUAUAAAUAAAAUCGGGGAUGAUAUUGCAAUUAACCUUGAAGACAAAUCUUUUAACAUGAUUAUUGAGUCACUCAAAUGCUUGAAAAUUUUGCUUAAUCACAAGGAGAGCUCCAAAAUUGCAAACGUUGAAAAGCUUGUCUCGUCUUUGGUUACAAAAGUUGAAAAUAGGAAACAAUAUCCUAGUGAAUUGAUCCGUCUCGCAAUUGAAGCGCUUGGCGCAACACUUACCAACACCACCACCACCACCACUAUUGAGAAUUCUACUCAAGAAGCUAUUUUUGAUGUGUUGAAAUCAUCUAUAAGUUAUGAAGUUACUAGCAAAGCAACCUUAGAUGUUUUAAAUAACAUUUAUACCACAAAGACAUUACCUGAUGAAUAUUCAGAAGCAAUAGUGGAUGGUUUGGAACAAUAUAUUUUGUCGGCAAAUGAAGCAACUUCUACUUCGGCAUUGAUACUUUUGAACAAACUUGCAUUGCAGACUGUAUCAGAUAAGCGGAAGAAGGAAACUAUUAUUUCGAGUCUUUUGAAAUUGCUUCCAUUGACGAAUGCUUCAAACCACAAAUUGAUCUUUGAAAUUCUCACAAAUUGGUCGCAGGAUCUGAACGAAAGUGAGCAAACAUUGUUGGCAGAUGUCAUUAUCAACUUGGUCAAUAGCGACAAAAUCUUGCUUCAUGAUGAGCUGUUUUUUAACAUGAUCAGAGCAUAUUCGCAAAAUUUUGAUAAUAAAGUGUUUUAUGACAAAUUGGCAUCCUUAUUGAACCCAAAUUUACCCGUUUCAGCAAAGAUUUCGGCAAUUGGCGCUGACAAUCUUGGAAAAGAAACACAUAUAAACGCAGCCAUAGAGCAAUUACAUCUGUUGCUAAAGAGUAACAUCAACGAUUCCCAAAUUGCAGUGGCUAUUUUAUUUCUCGCUUUUGCAAAUGACGAUCUCCUUGAUGUGAAUGAAUUAAUUGAAUUAUUGCGAAAAGAAAAUUUCACAAACGAAGAUAAUGUAAAGGCUGUAUCGACUGCGAUUGGCUUGAAAGUGCAAAGAAAUCCUCACGCAUUCAUCACGCCUAUAUUAGAGGCUUAUAAAGCAGAAACCAGGUCGUUGACAAGAUCUUCACUAGUUGAAGCUUUAAGACUUGUUGUAGACUCAUGUGACCAAAGGCAGAAAACCGAGAUUUGGGAUGCCAUUUUCAGUUUACAAAACAAUGACUUUGAUCCAGCUUUGAUUCCUGAAUUGAGAAAAACAGGAGAUGUAUUGGGUGAAAUUGCUUUGAGCUUGGAGGAACACCAGAUUCAACAGGUUGUUGAGAAUCAAGUCGAUAGAAGGAAAAUUUACCUUGUGCUUGUCUUUACAAAGUAUUUGAUAAGUAACCUUGAAUUAUCCAACACAGGUAGUAGGCUAUUAACAUACUUGGUGAAUGCAUCUGUUGAAUGGCUUGAUAUUGUUGAUUUAGAUUUGAGAAAGAUUGCCUUGGGAAACUUAUUGACAGGUAUACACAUCAAGCCAUUGAUAUUAGCGCCAUUGUUAAACCUGAUUAUUUUGCCGAAAUUGGCACAACAGCUUAGCGCAGAGAAGGAUUUCAAGAAGAUCAUUACUAUGGGCCCAUACAAGUACACCUUGGAUCAAGGUGCCGAGCUUCGAAAAUUGUGUUACGAAUUUAUAUAUUCAGUAAUGGCGGCAGAUGACACGUCACUUGUACAACACGAUGUUGAUAUCCAAUUACUUGGGAAAAAUAUAAUCGAAAAAGGCUUACUCGAUGACCAACCGGAUAUAGUUGUACUUGCAUGCAGCAAUCUCGGCAAUUUUUUUGACUUGCACGAGAUGGAAGCUAUGGAGUUGAUAAGAACGGGCGGCACUGAAUUGAUUGAGCAAUUGGUUGGUGCAUUAAACAAACAGCUUUCCAAAAAAUUGUCCGCCAAGGCAUCGGCACAAGAUACAGAGAUUCAUCAAGAGAGAAUCAAGUCCAUUGUCAAAUUGAGUAAGAAAAUUGACUUGGUUUUGGAGAGCACGGAAAUAGACAAUGAUGAAAACAGACAGAUCCAAGAUAUUUGGAACAAAUUUAUAACGGAUAUUAAACAACAGUAUACAGUUUACUACAGCAGUACCGUUGUUUAA